ACAGAGACACUGAUCGGCAGACAGGUCCACAGACAGGUCCACAGACAGGUCCACAGACAGGUCCACAGAGAUGGGGGACUGGAUUGCAGGAAAAAUAGGAGACAUGGUGGAGGACAAGGUGAAGUCCAUGUUAGGGAUCGAAGACAAGGAUGAGGACAAGGGAUUCUUCUCGAAGUUCUGCUCCAGAGACGACGACGACGACGACGACAAAAAGAAGAAAAGGAGGGACAAAGACGACGAAGAGGGAGGGUUCUUCUCCAAGAUCUUUGACAGAGACAAUGACGAAGACAAGUGGAAAGAGAAGAAGAGGGACGAGGACGACGGGGAUGAAAGCUUCUUCUCAAGGGUCUUUGACAGAGACAACGAUGAUGACAAGUGGAAAGAGAAGAAAUGUGGAUUCGCAGGUCUCUUCGUUGAGCAGGGGGGAGCGGGCGCCGCCGGAGGCCCUGAGGGAGAAACUGUGGGAGGAGGAGGAGGAGGAGGAGGAGGAGGAGGAGAUGGAGGAGUUAAAGGGCAAAGUGUGGCACUGAAUGAAGGAGAUUUGCUGAACGAUCUGAUGAAUGUGGCUGAAGAAACAUCUCAAGACAGAGACAAGAAACAGGGGCACAGAGAGGGGACAGAGGUUCGGAAAUGAACCGUGGAUUUGGCGGUGAUUUGGUAUGUGUCUGAAAAGAACACGUCCCGUAUCGGUGUCCCUCAUCUGCAGUCCCUCAGCUGGGGAACUGGAUGUC